CAGUAGUGUUUUCAUUUUCUGCUUAGCCAUGAUGACUAGCUUUUACGAACACAAAAUCCCGCUGAACCUGGGUAGUAUCUGCCUCCAACUGUCAGAGAACUGUUCUCCCAAACCGAGAGAAACCAAAACUCUCAGCGAUUGGAAACAUUUUGACGGAAAAGGGACAAGGGUGGACUUCCUCGAUGAGAAGGAGGCAGAGAGAUGCCGCUCAGCCAGGAAGAUUCUUCCAAAGUGCACCACAAAAAUGGAUCUGUUCCAGCAUGACAUCUUCCACAACCAGAAGGUUCUUGUCGGAGACGUGCAGCGUUUCAGCAAACAUUUAGUGGCUGAGACAAGAGGCCCGGCUAAACUUUCUGCCGUCCCCACCAAAGAAGUGAAACCCAGUGAGAAGACCAGACCCACUGGGCCGACCGACGUGGAAAUUCACCUCCCUGAAGUGGAUUUAGAGACGGACAGAGGCCAAGAACAGAGGCCGAAAAGAGGGGAAGAGGUCAGGAGUGAUUCACAGGAAGACAUGCGCACACCGCCGCCGCAGGAGGAAGGAAGAGACCAGGCGGAAGAAGAUCUGCAGGAACAGCAAAGUCUGCGCCAAGUAUGGCAAAAGAUCCAGACUGAAGACCUGAAUGAGUUCCAAAAUAUAGCAGAUCUUGCAGAGACGAUCAAAGAGCUCGAGAAAGAGGCACUGAGACAGAAGGAGGGGUACUAUGAGAAAUGGGUGGCAGAACGCGGCCUGAGCGUUCCCGACUCUUCACCGCAGAAGCCCAAGAAAAGGAUGAGCAAGUGGGAGAAGAGAUUCUUAAGAGUGAAAGACGUCUUCUGUCGCUGAUCCAGUAGGACAAAUGGGAUUUCUUUU